UACCAGGUUCAUUCCGUCCCUUAUUGAAAAGAAAUUGGUUCCGUUCCGUUCCUAAAAAAAGGAACUUUCUCAUUACUACUAUCUUGGGUUUGUUCCUUACCUUCCAUGGUUUGUAUUUCCUAAAAUCUUUGAUUAAAUUGUCAUUUUGUUGUCGUCAUACCACAAUACGUAGUACCACUGAACAAUUGUUAUAUAAGGCUUUUGGGACACAAUCAACAAACGGCCAUCACCAUCAGGAGCGGAUGGAUUCAUAUGCAGAACAACCGUUCUUUUAUGUAAAUAUGUUAAAUACGGCGCGAAAAGGCUUUUUGCUCGCUCUCCUCACUAAGCUGAAUUAAACCAGAGUCCACCAAACGGUAACUAUUUCACACGAAAGAAAACGCGAAAAAUAUUCCGAAAUUUCCCGCGAGUGAACAACGGCUGAUAUGUGAUUUUUUUUUCUUGCAGGUAUUUCAACAGUGGACAGUCAAAUCCACAGGACGAACGAACUAUCAUGAACAGUGCGUCGGACAGAUCAGAGAAUAGAAGAUUGUGUAAGUAUAUCUAGUAUCACUGAACAAUUGUUUUACAAGGCUGAUAUGUGAUUAUUUUCUUGUUUCUUACAGGUAUUUCAACAGUAGACAGUCAAAUCCACAGGACGAACGAACCACCAUGAACAGUGCGUCGGACAGAUCGGAGAGUAGAAGACUAUUAUUUCAACAGUGGACAGUCAAAUCCACAGGACGAACGAACCACCAUGAACAGUGCGUCGGACAGAUCAGAGAAUAGAAGAUUGUGUAAGUAUAUCUAGUAUCACUGAACAAUUGUUUUACAAGGCUGAUAUGUGAUUAUUUUCUUGUUUCUUACAGGUAUUUCAACAGUGGACAGUCAAAUCCACAGGACGAACGAACCACCAUGAACAGUGCGUCGGACAGAUCGGAGAGUAGAAGACUAUGUAAGUAUAUCUAGUAUCACUGAACAAUUGCUAUACAAGACUGAUAUGUGAUUAUUUUCUUGUUUCUUACAGGUAUUUCAACAGUGGACAGUCAAAUCCACAGGACGAACGAACCACCAUGAACAGUGCGUCGGACAGAUAGGAGAGUAGAAGACUAUGUAUGUAUAUCUAGUAUCACUGAACAAUUGCUGUACAUGGCUGACAUGUGAUUAUUUUCUUUUUUUACAAGUAUUUCAACAGUGGACAGUCAAAUCCACAGGACGAACGAACCACCAUGAACAGUGCGUCGGACAGAUAGGAGAGUAGAAGACUAUGUAUGUAUAUCUAGUAUCACUGAACAAUUGCUGUACAUGGCUGACAUGUGAUUAUUUUCUUUUUUUACAAGUAUUUCAACAGUGGACAGUCAAAUCCACAGGACGAACGAACCACCAUGAACAGUGCGUCGGACAGAUGAGAGAAUAGAAGAUUGUGUAAGUAUAUCUAGUAUCACUGAACAAUUGUUUUACAAGGCUUAUAUGUGAUUAUUUUCUUGUUUCUUACAGGUAUUUCAACAGUGGACAGUCGAAUCCACAGGACGAACGAACAAUCAUGAACAGUGCGUCGAACAGAUCGGAGAGUAGAAGACUAUGUAAGUAUAUCUAGUAUCACUGAACAAUUGUUUUACAAGGCUGAUAUGUGAUUAUUUUCUUGUUUCUUACAGGUAUUUCAACAGUGGACAGUCAAAUCCACAGGACGAAUGAACCACCAUGAACAGUGCGUCGGACAGAUCAGAGAAUAGAAGAUUGUGAAUUUCAACAGUAGACAGUCAAAUCCACAGGAUGAACGAACCACCAUGAACAGUGCGUCGGACAGAUCGGAGAGUAGAAGACUAUGCAUUACAGCAGUAAAAAGACCAAACGAAGUACAUCGGAUUGACCGGAGAAGCGUAGACUAUCUACCUGAUUCUGAAGCAUACUAUCAACGCAGCCAGACGUCUUUACACGUUCCACUACCCAACCAGUGAAAUGGCCCGUACCAAGCAAACUGCCCGUAAGUCGACCGGAGGUAAGGCCCCUCGCAAGCAGCUGGCCACCAAGGCUGCUCGCAAGAGUGCUCCGGCCACCGGAGGAGUGAAGAAGCCGCAUCGUUACCGUCCGGGAACCGUAGCCCUGCGCGAGAUCCGUCGCUACCAGAAAUCGACCGAGCUGCUGAUCCGCAAGCUGCCCUUCCAGCGCCUGGUUCGUGAAAUUGCCCAGGACUUCAAGACCGAUCUGCGCUUCCAGAGCUCGGCCGUGAUGGCCCUGCAGGAGGCCAGCGAGGCGUAUCUGGUCGGCCUGUUCGAAGACACCAAUCUGUGCGCAAUUCAUGCAAAGCGCGUCACCAUCAUGCCGAAAGACAUCCAGCUGGCUCGCCGCAUCCGUGGAGAGCGUGCUUAA